CGCUCCCUCAGCAGAGCGUCCCUCAGCAGAGCGUCUGUAAGGAGGAGCAGGAGGUCUGUGUCCAGGAGGGGAGCUCUGCUGUGGUUCAGGAGGAGCCGGAGCCUCCACAGAUUAAAGAGGAGCAGGAGGAGCUGGUACUGAAGCAGGAGACAGAAUCCUUCAUCUGGACUCCUUCUUAUGAGGAGAGCGACCGCAGCGAGGAGCAGACGCUCAACCUCAGUCCUGACGACACUCUGAGCGCCGCCGAGGACGAGUCUGAGGACAACGUCCCCGGGAUCAGCUUCGUCCUGACGGACCCACACAAAGACCUCUUGCUCCUCCCACAAAACUCCCACCGCGCUCAGAGAGGAGGCGAGCAUGUAGGAGAGCACGUUGGAGAGCACGGAGGACGCGAGGAUGGAGACCCGACCAGAGACGCAGAGUCAGACCAGAAGAGUCACCUGAAGCACCCGGAUCUGUCCGGGAUGUACCGUGACUCUCACACAGGUAAGAAAUCGUUCAGGUGCGACACCUGCGGUAAGGACUAUAAAUACAGGUCUCUGCUGCAGAGACACCUGAGGACCCACACAGGAGAGAAGCCCUUCACCUGUAAGAUCUGCGGGAAAGGUUUAAAAAGCAGCACCACACUGACAGUCCACAUGAGGACGCACACGGGAGAGAAGCCGUACGUCUGUAAGAUCUGCGGGAAGAGAUUCUGCGACGUGUCAGCCAUGAUUGUCCACAUGAGGAUCCACACGGGAGAGAAGCCGUACACCUGCACCACCUGCGGGAGAGCGUUCAGACUCGGCGGCGACCUGACCGUCCACAUGAGGACGCACACGGGAGAGAAGCCGUACGUCUGCAAGAUCUGCGGGAGGAGGUACGUCGGAGCGUCCAACUUGGCGAGACACAUCAGGUCCCACACAGACAAGUAG